GAAGGUUCGGUUUCACAGUUUCCAAAGGAGUGGACCCGAUCGAAGCGAAGCCCGUGAGUUCGGGGCCUCGUUCACUGGAGACGGUGCCAGCCCCUGCCUGAAGGGCCUACUCCUGGAGUUCACUCCUUGUCAGCCUGUCUUGAAUACAAAACUCUCGCAUAGAACCACACAACAAAAGAUGGUGGCAGCAACCAGAUCCACUGCCUAGAAAAUCAUGGCGAUAGUGAAGAUCAAAAAACAGAACUGAAAUUAUUUAAAGAGAAGACCUUGAAAAAUCACUUUUCCAAAAAGUCUUUUAGACCAGCUAGCAGUCAGAAGGACCAUAGAACUGACCAGAAGGAAAAAUCUCUGACCAGAAAGCUCUUGCAGGGAAACAAGUGAAGACAACUGCACCAUGGACUAAAUCAUUAACAGCUUCACAUUAACCCUUGUUCAAAUGAGGGGGAAGAAACAGACACAGAAGAGUAAGCGAGCAGCUCCAAAAUGGAAAGAUGCUCGUCAUCAGCGGAAAGGGUGCUCCUUGGAGUCAUUCACUGAAGAUGUUCAUGAGGCUGUACAAGCUGUUGAUAAUGGGGUCUCUGAGGAUGGGUCGUGUCCCACAUUUCAGUUCCCGUGUCCACUGGCCAUGUGGGAACUAGGACACUGUGACACAAAGCGAUGUACAGGCAGGAAGCUUGCUCGGAAAGGGUUUGUCCGCAACUUGCGUAUCAGUGAAAGGUUCAGUGGAUUAGUUCUCACUCCCAUGGGAACCAGAUACGUCUCCCCUAUGGACAGAGAGAUCGUGGCACAAGGUGGUGUGGCUGUCAUCGAUUGCUCCUGGGCUAAACUAGAUGACACUCCAUUCACAAAAAUGAAGGGAAGAUACCUCAGACUAUUACCUUACCUCAUUGCUGCUAACCCAGUGAAUUAUGGACGACCCUGCAAGCUUUCCUGUGUUGAGGCAUUUGCUGCCACUUUCUGUAUUGUUGGGUUUCCAGAGCUGGCUGAAGUUCUACUAAAGAAAUUCAAAUGGGGGAAAACGUUUUUGCAUCUAAACCAAGCAUUGCUGGAGAAGUAUCGUGCGUGCAGGAGUGAAGCAGAGGUGCUACAGGCUGAACAGGAGUGGCUGGCUUCAGAUGGAGAACCAGAGGAGCAGGAGGAUCCAUUUGAUGUUGAUUCGGGGAAAGAAUUCUGUAAUCCCAAUAGACCCAACCUUGGAAGAGUUGUGGAGACUGAAGGAGAUAUCAGUGAUAGUGAUGAUGAUUCUGAGGGGGAAGAUGAAGAUAGUGAAUCUGAUGAGGAGAAUACAGCAGAUGUUCCUGAUCUAAAAGGAGACUACGCAGCUUGCAGAGAGGAGGAACCAACAGUAAAAGCCAUCAGCAAUGCAAAGGUUUGAAGCUGAAUGCAAAGGUGAAGCAAUCAUCUUCCCUGCUCAUGGGCCUUCUUUCUUAAAGAAAAAAUAAAAUAGGAUCUGUAUAGAAUGCAAUGCUUAAUGGAACAGAAGAACUUGGAUAUUUACCUUUCAGACACAGGAUAAUCUGAAGGGAAUAACAUUCACUGGAAUACUUCUGAAGUGUAAUCAGUGUUGUAAUGUGGCACAUGAGAAGAUCCCAUAAUCCAAGAUAAUGACCAGGUUAUAUUCUUUUUAAUGAUUAUUCCAUUCAUGUUUUCUAAUAUCUCACCCAGUCUAAUCCCAAUCAUCCAAAUUCAAUAUUUACAUAUUCUGAUAUGUUAUAUUUGUAAUAAAUGAAAGUGGUUCCAGCAAAGAUGUUGUGGAACAUCCUCCGAAGUGUUAGUCAUGCUAAAAUAUAUAAAGAAAGGAAAGUCUGAUCUUUUAAAUAGCACAUCUUCAAAAAUACCUUGCAGCACCUCAUGUACAAUGUACUAUUGAAAGUAUAGUUGCUUAUGUGGCCAUUUUAGCACACAUGAAGACUCCUUGAGCAGUGCACUGAAUGACCAGUUAGUUAAAAGAUAAAUGUUGGCUCAGGCAGUGGGAAAAGUUACUAUUCUAAAGAUAUGGGCAUGAGACUAGACUGAACAGAUGAGACCUUGGUUUUAAGUCUCAUUGGGAAAACAAAACAAGAGAACAUCUCACUUGGUGUUAUUCUUUUAAAUGUUUUCAAAGCUACAAUUACAAAAAGUUGACAGACAAAAUUAUCACAACUAUACAAUAUUUCUUUGUAAUACUUAGAAGAGCAAAGACAGGGGUCAUAAAACUUAAUUUAAAAAAACACAAAAAAUAGGAUUAUGAAAAAGUUGUGGGACAAGAGUGACUACUGCAGCAAAAGAUCCAUAUCACAACGAUGGUUAGGUGAGUUGAUACAGGAUCUAUGUCACCACAGUGAAACGUCCGGCACAGCGUGUGAAUCACACAACAGUGAGCAGCUUCAGCACUGGAUCAGUAUCACCACGACAACGAAGCUACAGCAUUGAAUCAAUAUCAUCACAAAUUUAAGGAGCUCCACAUUAGCUCCAGAAUUGCACAAGUUUGAGGAACUAUAACACAACUUCAGUAUUUCCACAAUGGUGACAGUGAGAAGCCACAGCGCCAGAUCAAUAAUGUUCCAAUGCUGAGGAGCUCCUGCAUAGCUUUACUAUCAUCACAACAAAGUACCACUCCAACACUUGACAUUCUGAAAUUCUGAAUGUUUAUGUAUAGUCGCAUAUUGCAGUCACUUAUUCCAAGUUGGCUUGAAUUUAAUCCGGAGACACCUCUAGCUCCUUCAUCAUCUUAACAAAGUCCUGUGCUUCUCUAUCAGCGGUCCGGCCCUCCAGCAUCUUCAUGAUUGGUUUCAUCACUGCAAAAAUCAACACCUGUAAUUGACAGCACUGUGUAUCCUCAGAUUUUGUGUAUUGCAAGAGGUGGUAACUGCGUUGUAAGGGCAGGAAUAUUACAAAUGUGACUCCAAGAUACUUCUGAUCUUGGUAAAUAUGGGGAACAAAAACCAGUCAGAAUUCUUACUCCUGGAUGUUGUCCAGUAGAUCCUGUUAGAGGGUAUGGGCAUUACUAAGGGCAGAAUCUAAUUCAGCUUUAACCCCCCCACCCAUUGUCAAAUCAUCCGAUGAUAGUGCCCACAGCGGUAUAAUAAAAGCCAUUGGAGAAUGGUGAUGAUCUUUGAGGGGGUGGGGUUGAGUAAGUGAUGAUAAGCUGCCACCCACAGGGGAAGAAGUUCAAUUUUUAAAUAAAGAGCUGAAAUUGGCAUUUGGGCCAGAUUCAAAUCAUUUCUAUGUUUUAGUGACUAAACCCCCUUAAUUAUCUAUUAGCAAAUCUUACAUAGAACUGCAUACAGCCUAUGAAGUUAUGUGUAGUCUUCAGGUGAAGCAGGUUAGCAGUCAGUGCUAUUUGGACCAGUGCAUACAUACAUUCAAUCCUCAUUUUAAAAUCAGGCUGGGAAUUCUCCUGAGAGUUGCUUUUCCUGUAUCACUGGUAUAAUUUUAAUAUAAACAGGGUUGUUGGCAAAGUUAUAAUGGACUCCCUACCUCUGAGCCAAGAGGCCCAUGUUCAAGAUCCACCUGCUCCAGAAGUAUGCAAUAACAUCUUCGAAUGGGUUAAUUAGAAAAUAUAAUGACGCCAUGGGACAAACUGCUAAAAAUGAACCCUUUUCAAUGCUUAUGAACAAUCCCUGUAUCAACAUUUCCAAUGAAACGCUGUCAGCAUCUUGGGUUGUAAUAUAUGUUUUAAACUACAUCACCACCACUGGUAGGUGGGUGAACUUACAGUUUGACAUAAACAGUGUCAAAUUUGAAGAUGGGCUUUUUUUUAAGAAAGAAUACAUGAACUUGAAUUUCAUGCAGAUGUAAUUUUUAAACAUUUUACAAUGGAUAGGUAGUGAAGUU